AUGUACCGUCGAAUAUUAUUUGAUGACGACAACGAGAAUGAUGACGAAGUUAUUGCGAUGCAACGGCGACCCAAAAUUUUUUAUGAGAGGGUCAACUACAUUGAAUUGUAUGAUGACCAUGAUUUUAUAAACCGAUUUCGCCUUUCAAAAGCAACGUUUACUACAAUUUUAAGAUCAAUAGAACAUGAAAUAUCUCCUCCUUCUACAAGAAACAGAGCAAUAUUACCACCUACUAAGUUGUAUAUGAUGCUGAGUUAUCUCGCCACAGGGUCAUUUUUGUUGUGUGUUGCUGACUUUGCUGGAGUCAGUGAAUCCUCAGCCUGUCGAUACGUUCACCAAGUUUGCAGGGCAAUAGCGAGGCAAAGGCCAAAUUUCAUUUCAUUCCCAUCAAAUGAUAUUGAUGAAAAGAGGGUUAUCAAUGGAUUUUAUAGCCUCAGUAGAUUUCCUAGAGUAGUCGGAGCUGUGGAUUGCACUCACAUAAAAAUUCAGUCACCGGGUGGAGAUAAUGCAGAAAUAUUUAGGAACCGGAAAGGUUGGUUUUCCAUCAAUACCCAAUGCAUUUGCAAUCCAUGGCUCAAAAUUAUGGACAUCGUUGCUCGAUGGCCAGGAUCAUGCCACGAUCAAAUAAUUUUUGAUAACUCAAAUGUCAAACAUAAAUUUGAAACAGGAGUCAUAAAAGGCUACCUCUUAGGUGACGGUGGCUAUGAAGUGAAGCCCUACCUUAUGACUCCUCUACUCAACCCUACAACACGAAGCCAGCAAUUAUACAAUGAGAGCCACAUCAGGACAAGAAAUGUAAUAGAAAGAUGUUUUGGUGUCCUGAAAAGGAGAUUUCCUGUUCUCAGCAAAGGAUUAACAGUAGAGUUGAAUAAUACACAAGCAAUAAUAGUUGCAUGUGCUGUUCUCCAUAAUAUUUGCCUGGAUAUGCAUGAUGAACUUCCAGAUGAUGAGCCGAUGGAAAACAAUUUAAAUAAUGAUGUUAAUCUUUAUUUAAGAGAAGAUCAUAUUGUAAAUUUGCCAGGAACAAGGGGUAGGCAAGAAAGAGAUCGGCUGGUCAAUGAUCACUUUGCCAUGUUACAGUGA